ACAGGGGACUGGUUUAAAAUGACAGUCUCAAGUUCUUUUAGGAAGAGAAGGCUAAUUCAAAGAAACAGCCAGACAAGCUUUCUUUCUCUUCAGAAGUCGUCAUUGCCCUGCUCCUCCAUGGCCCAUCUGGGAGCCCAUUUUGCCUUUAGAUCCCGCUGGCAGAAGACCGAUGGUGAACUCUGCCGGCACAGCAUGUCCUUCAUCCUUCACCGAGCCAUUCGCAAUGACUUCUUUCAGAGCUACCUCUACCUGCUGGAGAAAAUUCCCCUGGUAAAGUUGUAUGCCUUAACAAGCCAAGUCAUCAAUGGCGAGAUGCAGUUCUAUGCUAGAGCUAAACUUUUCUAUCAAGAAGUGCCAGCCACAGAAGAAGGCAUGAUGGGGAACUUCAUUGAACUCUCCAGCCCAGAUAUCCAGGCCUCUCGGGAAUUUCUUAGGAAAUUUGUUGGGGGGCCCGGCAGAGCUGGAACCGGCUGCGCCCUGGACUGUGGCUCUGGGAUAGGAAGGGUGAGCAAGCACGUCUUGCUGCCGGUUUUCAACAGCGUGGAGCUGGUGGACAUGAUGGAGCCUUUCCUCCUUGAGGCCCAGAGCUACCUGCAGGUCAAAGCGGACAAGGUAGAGAGCUACCACUGCCACGGCCUGCAGGAGUUCACGCCCCCCUGCGGCAGAUACGACGUCAUCUGGAUCCAGUGGGUCUCAGGCUACCUGACUGACAAGGACCUUCUUGCAUUUCUUUCCCGAUGCCGAGAUGGCCUGAAAGAAAAUGGUGUCAUCAUACUGAAGGACAAUGUGGCCCGGGAGGGCUGUACCUUCGAUCUGUCCGACAGCAGUGUGACUCGGGACAUGGACAUCCUCCGGAGCCUCAUUAGGAAGAGUGGGCUGGCCGUACUGGGCCAGGAGAAGCAAGAGGGCUUUCCGGAGCAGUGCGUGCCAGUGUGGAUGUUUGCACUGCACAACCACAGACACUCCUGAGCGUCAGUGGGGAUGAGCGCCUGCACUGGGUAGAGGUGCUUUGGGUCUGGGGAGCUCCUCCAGGGUGUCCCCGAAAUGCAGACAKAGAUGGAGAGAAGGGAUGCAAUGCACAUCUGGAAAUGACUGAUGAUGCUGUAUGUACAGGUUUCACUAAUGCAAUAAUGCACACUCUGGUGUGCACAGGACGGUGGGCACACUCUGUGAUGGUUGAUGAUGUCGUAUGUACAGGACUCACUGGUGGGAUAAUUGCACACUCUAAUGUGCACACAAUGAUGGGCAGACGCUGUAAUGGACAUGCGCGGACUCUCCAUGGGCUUUCUGAAAGAUGGAGUGGGAACAUCCUGAAAAGCCCUAUAAGAAACAGCUUAUAGACACCUCACCUGUACAAGUGUGAAUGAAAAUAGAAAAGGAAACAGUACUUAUGAAUUCUCAACUCUCUUCCUCACUGAUUAUUUGUGUAAUAGAGUUGUCCAGCAUGGGUGAGAGAAAGCUGACACCCGCUUCCUUGCCCUGGGGUCAGUUACUUUAUUCUUCUUCCCUCCUUGAUACUACUACUUCUCUUGAACAAACACCUCCCCCUAAUUAACAAGGCACUGAGUAAAUAAUCUUGUGAAAACAUGUCAA